AUGGCCAUAAAAGCUAUUCUCCUUGUUGCCUACAUUUUUACCUUCGUGGUCGGAUUCCCUUCCAACCUCCUGGCCUGUUACGCUUUCUUGAGGAAAGUAUUUGAGACGCCUUCCUCCAUGGACAUCCUCUUAAUCAACCUGACUGUGUCUGACCUUCUGUUUCUGCUUUUUCUGCCCUUUAAGAUGGCAGAGACUGCUUCGGACAUGGUUUGGUCCCUCCCUGUCUACCUUUGCCCACUGACAAACUUCUGUUUCUAUAGCAGCAUCUACCUCAGCACCCUGUUCCUCACGGCGGUGAGCGUGGAGCGCUACCUGUGUGUCGCCUAUCCUGUCAAGUACAGGCUGGAGAGGAGGUUAACCUAUGCAAUAGCAGUUAGUUUACUCUUCUGGUUGCUGGCAUAUUCUCACUGCAGUGUCGUCUUCAUUGUGGAAUACCACAACAGGACUCUGCUCCAACUUGACAACACCACAUGUUAUGAGGACUUCUCCCCCAAUCAGCUCCGCGUCCUUCUCCCUGUCCGACUAGAACUCAGCCUUGUCCUCUUCUUGCUCCCAUUUGCCAUCACUCUCUUCUGCUACAUCAGCGUCAUUCGGAUUCUCGCCUCCCUGCCCAAUAUCCAGCCCCAAAGGAAGCAACGGGCUGUGGGAUUGGCUUUCGCCACUUUGCUCAAUUUCGCGGUCUGCUUUGGCCCCUUGAACAUCUCCCACAUCGUGGGCUUCAUUCAGAACCAGAGCCCUUCCUGGAGAACCUAUGCAUUUAUCCUCAGCUCCUUCAACACCAUUUUGGAUCCUGUUGUCUUCUACUUUUCCUCCUCCACUAUCCGACAAAAGUUUGCUCAAUGCUGGUUCAGCAGGUGCCUCAGACUUCCAGCCUUUGCCUCACACUGCACUUCGUGGUGCUUCAGAGAAGCUGGAGAAAAGGACGAAGAAGCAGGAGCUGGCCGAGCAUCCAUCUCUGACCAAUGGAGCGGAUCAGCAAUAAGAGAUACUCCUCACACAGCUGGCGGGGAAUCAUCUUUAGCAGUCAUGGUCCUGGAGAUCAGAGCUGUGAGCACUCUGCAGCUAGCACGUUUUGGAGAGCAGCAAGAUUGUGUGCACACAGGUCCUGAGGCAUUUCUGAAACAGAUUUCGUAA